AUGGCGCCGGGGUUCACCAAAUUUGAUGUGGAGAAAUUCGAUGGCACGGAUAACUUCGGUCUAUGGCAGACAAGAGUCAAGGAUAUUCUGACGCAGCAGGGAAUCUUGAAGGGUUUGCAGGAGACGAAGCCGACCAAGGUUGACAACAAUGCGUGGGAGGAUAUGCAAGUGCAGGCGGCCGCUACCAUACGGCUUUGUCUUGCGGAUCAGAUGAACGACCUCUUCUCGUCGAGCUCGUUCAAGAAGUAUGCCGACCUGAAGGACCAGGUGGCGCUGGACGAGAUGGAGGCCGGCAGCGGCAGCGAGAGCGCCAACCUCGACAAGUUCUUCGAGGACGUGGAGGGCGUCAAGGAGGACAUCAGCGGCCUCGAGUCCAUGCACCGCCGGCUGCAGUCGGUGAACGAGGAGAGCAAGACCGCACACGACGCCCGCGCCGUCAAGUCGCUCCGCGCCCGCAUGGACGGCGACGUCGUGCAGGUCCUCCGCCGCGCUAAGGUCGUCAAGGCUAAGCUCGAGGCCCUCGACCGCGCCAACGCCGCCAGCCGUAAGCUCCCCGGCUGCGGCGCCGGCUCCUCCACCGACCGCACCCGCUCCUCCGUCGUCUCCGGCCUCGGCAACAAGCUCAAGGACCUCAUGGACGACUUCCAGGGCCUUCGGACGCGGAUGGCGGCGGAGUACAAGGAGACGGUGGCGCGGCGGUACUACACGGUGACGGGUGAGACGGCGGAGGAGAGCACGAUCGAGGCGCUCAUCGCGUCGGGGGAGAGCGAGACGUUCCUGCAGAAGGCGAUCCAGCGGGACCAAGGGCGCGGGCAGGUGAUGGCCACGGUGUCGGAGAUCCAGGAGCGGCACGACGCCGUGAAGGACAUCGAGCGCAGCCUGCUGGAGCUGCACCAGGUGUUCCUGGACAUGGCGGCGCUGGUGGAGGCGCAGGCCCACCAGCUCAACAACAUCGAGACCCACGUCGCGCGCGCCAGCUCCUUCGUGAUCAGGGGCACCGUGGAGCUCGAGUCCGCGCGCGUCUACCAGAAGAGCAGCCGCAAGUGGGCCUGCAUAGCCGUCGUCGCCGGCGCCGUGCUCGUCCUCGUCAUCGUGCUGCCGAUACUCGUCAACCUCAAGCUCUUGAGCGGCAGAUAG